AUGGCCACUUCAAAGGAAGGAAAGAAGCUACCAACACUAUUUAGCACCCAGUCGGAAGAAUAUCACUCGCAGUUGAAGCGCAGCGUUAACAGUGUCUUUUCCAUGUCGGCCCAGAUGCAGUAUGAGCCUAUUUUUGACUCUGUCAACGACGUAUUUCUCCACCAGACACAGGAACGAUUUUCGAACACUGGUAAAUAUUGCGAUUUCUACCAGUGGCUCCAAUUCUACACUUUCGACGUUAUCGGUGAACUAGUUUACUCUAAAAGGCAUGGCUUUUUGGAGAGUAACUAUGAUAUCGAGGGAAUCGUCAAAGGAAACUCGGCCCUAUUCGACUAUGCUGCCGUGGUGGGACAGAUUCCUGUUCUAGACAAGUUGUGGAAAAAGAACCCAAUUAAGUUGCUUGCAGCCAAGUACGGACUGAUCGACUCUUCGUAUCCUGUCGCAAGCUUCGCAAAGGCCCGCCUUGCCGAACGGCAUCCUUCUGGAACGGUCUUCUCGAAGGAGAAUCUUGCUUGGCAAAGAAACGAUACGAAUAUGCCACAGGACUUCCUCUCCAAGUUCAUCCAGGCCAAGCAUGACAGACCAGACUUUUUCAACGAUCAACUUGUUGUUACCAUGUGCGUCUCCAUGGCUUUUGCUGGAUCCGAGCCUGCAGCCGUAUCAAUGAGUGGUGUUUUCGGCUCGCUUCUGAGAAACCCGAGAUGCUUGGAAAAGGUGUAUGAAGAGCUUGAUCGCAAAGCAUCACAAGGCCACUUCAAAGAUAACGCAACAGGAACAGUCACGUGGCAAGAGAGCCAGGGACUUCCCUACCUUGAUGCCUGCAUCAAAGAAGCUUUCCGCCUCCACCCCGCCCCAGGCUUGCCGUUUGAGCGAGUUGUUCCACCCGAGGGAGUGAUGAUCGACGGUGAGUUCAUCAAAGGAGGAACAAUCGUCGGGUGCAAUGCAUGGGUUAUCCAUCGUCGACCCGAGAUUUUCGGAGACAACCUCGACGACUUCGUGCCCGAGCGCUGGCUCGUAGACCCCUCCAAAGACCGCGAGGCCGAAAUUGCUCGAAUCAAAGACAUGGAUUAUUACAUUAUGAGUUUUGGCAAAGGGCCACGUGUGUGCCUUGGAAAACACAUUGGCAUGAUGGAAGUUUACAAGCUCAUUCCAGCUGUUCUUCGAAGAUUCGAGCUUGAAUUGGAAGAAGGGUCGCGUGAAGCUCGUUUCCGCAACGGCUGGUUUGUUAGGCCGGUAGAACUAAAGGUGAAGUUUACAGACCGGAAAUUAGUUACACCAGCAUAA